UUUGCACGGCCAGACGCUCGUGGACGGUCCGGCUCCGCACUCGUCCGGCAUAAUUGGUCCAGAAAUAAACCGUAUCUACAGAAGAGGAGAGGAGGAAGAGUAGGGUGAGGGUGAGGAUUCCUGUACUCGGGAGGUCAGCAGAUGACCGGUACCUGUGGGACCAUGGCUCUGGACCGCGGUAGCCCUGUUGUAUCUCCUCCUGAUGUCUCUGCGAUGAGUCUGGCCCGGAUUCACGACAAACACAAGCUGAGGAAGUUCUGGGAGCAGAAGAUAGAGAGACACAGUCAGAUGGAGGGGAUUGAAGAAUUCCGGAUGAAGAGGAGCGCUCUAUCACGGUUACGGGGGGAGUGGCUGCAGCGGCUGCAGAGUCGGAACCAGCAGGUGAAUGAAAUCAUACGAGAGGAGAGGAUUAAGAAAGCCCAGCGGAUUCAGGAGUUCUUAGGACUUCAGAGAGAAAACUGAACUCUGUGUUUCAGACCUGGAUCUGCUUUAUUCAUUUAUUCAGACACUGUAUCUUAACAUGCUGUACAGCUUAAACUCUGAUGUGUGUACAGCUGCUUUCUAAUGCUGGUUAAUCAGUGUGGAGAUACUGGUCACGUCCCUCAACCAUCAAACUCAAACACAACCAGAUUAACAACCUUAAUUACAGGGGUUGAAGAAUGAAACUGAAACACCUGGUUUUAGAGCACAAUAAUUGAUUGUGGUGACGGACAGUUCUGGUGGAAACAGGAGAGUUGAGGUGCACAUCGAAUUCUGCGUGAUUUGAUCAGCCGUGGUUUUAUGUUUUUUGGAUACAAUUCGGGUUAGCACCCGAACAUCCCUUUCAGACAGCUAGCCUCUUACAGCGUCCACAGUUAAUCCUGUUGGAUGUGGUUGGUCCUUCUUGGUGGUACGCUGACAUUACCCUGGAUACCGUGGCUCUUGAUGCAUCACAAAGACUUGCUGUCUUGGUCACAGAUGCUCCAGCAAGACGUGCACCAACAAUUUGUCCUCUUUUGAACUCUGGUAUGUCUCCCAUAAUGUUGUGUGCAUUGCAAUAUUUAGAGCAGAACUGUGCUCUUACCCUGAUAAUUGAACCUUCACACUCUUACAGCUCUUACUGGUGCAAUGUGCAAUUAAUGAAGAUUGAACACCAGGCUGCUGCAAUUUAGCCAUGAAACCUAAAAUCCCACACUAAAAUGAUGACAGGUGUUUCAGUUUCAUUGUCCAACCCCUGUAUCUUGAGCUGGGCUUUACUUAUAAGGAAAUAUUCAGUUUUGACAUGCUGGUCAACCAGCACAACACUAGCACAUAUCUGUUAGCAUGAAUGCUAGCUUCAACUUUAAAAUGUAAUGAAGUAUUGUUAAAACUGUGAAUUUCAAAUAAAACAGAUUAUAAACAUAACUGACUGGAUUCUCUCAAACAAAGUCAAA